AUGUCCAGCAAUACCGCAACACUAAAUCGACCAAUGUCGCGUGCGGACUUCCAUGUCGCUAUCAUUUGUGCCCUUACUCUCGAAGCUGAUCCCAUUGAAGCUCUUUUCGACGAGCGUUGGGACUGCAACAUCUACAACAAAGCCCCGGGGAUCCCAACGCCUACUCGACCGGACGAAUCGGUCAUCACAACGUCGUUCUCGUGUAUAUGCCAGAAGCAGGGAAGCUUUCCCUCUAUCAAACUCGCCAUUGUCGUUGGUGUCUGCGGAGUUAUCCCAUUUGUUUCCAAUCGUGGCAACGAGCACCAGGAGAUAAUACUCGGCGAUGUGAUUGUGAGUCAAAAUGUCAUUCAGUAUGACCUAGGAAGUCAAUGUACGGACCAUUUCGAGUACAAAAACAACCUCGAGGCAGUCCUUGCGAGACCUAACAUCGAGAUUCGUACACUACUCUCCAAGCUGAAAAGCUUGCACGUUCGAAGUGCUCUCGAAUCCAACAUCGCAGCCUAUCUUACCACUUUGCAACAAAAGCGCGAAUUGAGCGCAGAAUAUCCUGGAAGUGAACAUGACCGACUGUUUCAAGCCUCCUGGGAUCAUACCGACAGGGAGAAAUCAUGCGGUGAGUGUGGAUGCAAUGGUCAGCUGGUACGGCGUGUGCGUCUUUCUCAGGACUCACCCCAACCCAAAGUUCAUUUCAGAAAGAUAGCAUCCGGCGACAAAGUUGUGAAGUCUGGGAAGCACCGUGAUGCUAUCUCUCGGAAACUUGGAACCAUAGCCUUUGAGAUGGAGAGUGCAGGAGUCUGGGAUAUUCUCCCCUGCCUCGUCGUCAAAGGCGCUUGUGAUUAUGCGGACAGCCAGAAGACCAAAACAGUACAAACCUACGCUGCAGCGACUGCUGCUGCAUGUACCAAGGAUGUGUUGCAUUACUGGACUACAUCGUCCCCUACCGAUCUAUCAUUGCAAAAGCAGGCUCCUAUUUUUCCGUACCCAGAAAACAAGCACUUUAUCGGGCGAGAGAGCAUUCUUGAGGCUGUUCAACGAGAGCUAGACCCUCGAAACUCUCCGAAUGUUGUUGCACUUUAUGGACUCGGUGGAAUAGGGAAAACACAGAUCGCCUUGAAGUACGCAUACUGGGUGCGCGCAAGAUACCCAGAUUUAGCGGUGUUUUGGGUUCAUGCAAGUACUGCCGAUCGGUUACGACAGUCCUACGCUGCAUUAGCAAAAUUGUGCCAGAUACCGCACCAUGAAGAUCCCGGAACAAAUAUCUUGGCGCUGGUUAAGGACUGGUUACAGACCAAAUAUCGAAGACCCUGGCUUAUGAUCAUCGAUAACACUGACGACAUCCAAACUUUCUAUGGCGAUGAUUAUCUCAAUCAAUAUAUUCCCCUGUGUACCCUUGGGAACCUUCUUAUCACAACAAGGAACAAGCAGGUAGCGGUCAAAAUGACAAAGGGGCAAUACUUCCUUCAAGUGAAUCGAAUGACUGGCAAAGAGUCCCGCAAACUUCUAACUACGACACUGAAGAACAGUGCAUUUGAAGUUUUCAGUGUAUUAAAAGUGGCUGAUCGACUUGAACACCAUCCUCUCGCACUCGCACAAGCUUUGGCUUUCAUACAGGAAAAUAGCAUACUUGUCGAAGAAUACCUUGUUUACCUCGCCAACGACCACACUCUGGUCGAGCUGCUUGAUGAGGAUUUCGAAGCCAACGGAAGGGACCCCGAAUCAUUCGGUGCUGUGGCCAAGACAUGGAGGCUAUCGCUUCGUCAAAUACAACAGCAAAAUCCGCUGGCUGGCGAGGUCUUGUCCUUGUUAAGUAUAUAUAGCGGGGUUACAUUUCAGAAUGACAUAAUUGAUGAAUACAUGGAACAUCAUCACGGCUCCAAAGGACCUCUAGAGCGAGCCAAAGCCUUGGGGGUUCUCAAGGCCUUCUCUCUGAUCUCAAUUGGAGAAAAUGGGAGAUAUGUGAUGCACACACUCGUACGCUUGGUUGUUCAAAGAUGGUUGAUUCUGCAGCGACAAAUUGAACACUUUGCUUUCGAAGUGCUCGUGUCACUACUCUCCCGUUAUGACAAGAUUAUUCUUGGGUAUCACAAGACUUUGUCAACAUCGCCUUCGAAGACAGCGUAUACCUGGCGUAAUCUUAUACCCGGCUUGUUGCGAAACCAUAGGGCGGCGUUAGACCGGAAGUGUAACAUGUUCGUGGUCUGUACGCACGAUAUGGCCAAGGAUAUCGAAUACACAUACAACUUGGUGAAGGCGGAGAAAUAG